CGUGGCCCCCCGUUGCUGCGUGCGAAUAUCGAAAAACCCCCCCGAGAGUAUCUGGCCAAACAUAAACAGCUGGAACGCUGGCGUACUACCAGGCGGCAGCGGUGACGCCACCCGCGCCCGCGCCCAACCAACCCACUCGGUCUCGGUCUAACUCCACCACUAUGGCCGCCGCUGCCAGACUCGUCUCCACCACUCUCGCGCGCUCCUCCUCCUCCCUCGCCGCCGCCGCGCGCCGCCCCGACCUUCUCGCCUCCUCGCCGCGUGGUUUUUCAAGCAUGGCAGAUUCAAUUCAAAGGAGCGGCUCUGGCGAUAUUACGCGGGUUUUAUUCUGUGGACCUUAUUGGCCUGCUUCUACCAGCUUCACCAAGGAGUAUUUGCAGAGCUAUCCAUUUAUUCAGGUUGAUGAAGUAGGUCUAGAGGAGGUACCUGAUGUUAUUCAAAAUUACCACUUAUGUGUAGUGAAAAAUCGACGUCUAGACUCAGAUACCAUUGCCAAGGCAAGUCAGAUGAAGAUCAUUAUGCAAUAUGGUGUUGGAUUAGAAGGUGUCGAUGUAAAUGCUGCUACAGAACACAAGAUUAAAGUUGCACGGAUACCUGGGAGUACAACAGGAAAUGCAGUCUCUUGUGCAGAAAUGGCAAUCUAUCUUACUCUGGGUGUCCUAAGGAAGCAAAAGGUGAUGGAUACUGCUGUGAAACGUAAGGACCUGGGCAUUCCAGUUGGAGAUACAAUAUUUGGAAAAUCAGUCCUUAUCUUGGGAUUUGGAGCCAUUGGAGUAGAAAUUGCCAAGAGGCUAAGACCCUUUGGAGUAAAAAUUCUUGCUACCAAACGAAAUUGGUCAUCUGAUACAUUGCCAUGUGAUAUAGAUGAAUUGGUCGAUAAGAAAGGUGGACCAGAAGAUAUGUAUGAAUUUGCUGGAGAGGCUGACAUAGUUAUAACAUGCUUGCUAUUGACAAAUGAAACAGUUGGAAUUGUGGAUCAUAAGUUCCUCUCUGCAAUGAAAAAGGGAUCAUAUCUGGUCAAUAUUGCUAGAGGACGUCUACUGGACUACGACGCUGUGUUUAAUCACCUGAAAUCAGGCCAUUUAGGUGGUUUGGGCAUUGAUGUUGCUUGGACGGAACCAUAUGAUCCAGAGGAUCCAAUUCUGAAGUUCUCAAAUGUUAUUAUAACCCCACAUAUUGCUGGAGUCACGGAAUACUCUUACAGGACGAUGGCAAAGGUUGUUGGUGGUGUUGCCCUGAAGCUUCAUUCAGGGGAGCCAAUCACUGAAGUGGAAUUUGUGAACUAAGCUCAGGAAAUGCGUGGCACAGAUGUGCCAUUAUUAUGGAUUGAUUCAAAAAGAUCAAAAAUAGGUUUGUUGUAGUGUCAAAAUUGCUUUGCCCCUAGGUGAAUAAUUGAUCAUUGAAUCGCCUAUCCUUGCAAGGAUAUAAUAAUAAGAUGUUGCUCUGUAAUUUGUUAUGGUACUGAUAAUUCAUCCACCAUGCCAUUUUGUUCUUA